CUUUCUCUUCCAUCUCAUUUUCUUCCAACUUCAUAGAUAAAUCAUGGCCCCCAGAGUAAUCGUUGUCGGUGGUGGAUUGUCCGGUCUCAGUGCCGCCCACACCGUCUACCUCAACGGUGGAAGUGUUCUCGUUCUUGACAAGCAAGCAUUCUUUGGUGGCAACUCAACAAAGGCCACGUCCGGUAUCAACGGUGCUCUCACUCGCACCCAGGUCGACCUCAAUAUCCGAGACAGUGUCAAGCAAUUCUACGAUGACACAUUGAAAUCCGCCCGUGAUAAGGCUCGCCCUGAUCUCAUCAAAGUCCUCACAUACAAGUCCGCUGCUGCCGUAGAGUGGCUGCAAGAUGUCUUCAACCUCGACCUUACACUGGUUUCUCGUCUUGGUGGCCACUCGCAGCCCCGAACCCACCGUGGUCACGAUGCCAAAUUCCCUGGUAUGGCCAUCACAUAUGCUCUCAUGCAGCGCCUAGAGGAGCUCUCCGAGUCGGACCCCGACCGCGUUCAGAUUAUCAAGAAGGCUCGUGUUACGGCUGUCAACAAGGACGGCAAUGCUGUCACUGGUGUCACAUUUGAGGUGGACGGUGAGACGAAGACGGCCGAUGGUGUUGUCAUCCUGGCUACUGGUGGUUAUGCUGCUGAUUUCGGUGACUCGUCGCUCCUUAAGAAGCACCGCCCCGACACGUUUGGUCUGUCCAGCACCAACGGUACUCACGCCACUGGUGACGGCCAGAAGAUGUUGAUGUCCAUCGGCGCCAACGGUAUUGAUAUGGACAAGGUUCAAGUCCACCCCACGGGUCUUGUCGACCCCAAGGACCCCACUGCCAAGUUCAAGUUCCUUGCUGCUGAGGCCCUCCGUGGUGAGGGUGGUCUCCUCCUCAACUCGGAUGGCGAGCGAUUCUCUGAUGAGCUUGGUCACCGUGAUUACGUCUCCGGUCAGAUGUGGAAGGAGAAGGAGAAGGGCAAGUGGCCCAUUCGCCUUGUCCUCAACAGCAAGGCCUCUAAAGUCCUUGACUUCCAUACUCGCCACUACUCCGGCCGUGGUUUGAUGAAGAAGAUGACCGGCAAGGAGUUGGCAAAGGAGAUUGGUUGCGGCGAAGCCAAGCUGCAGAAGACGUUCGAGGACUACAACGCCAUUGCCGAGGGCAAGAAGAAGGACCCUUGGAACAAGCGCUUCUUCCACAACCUGCCGUUCAGCAUCGAUGAUGAGUUCCACGUUGCCCUCAUGGAGCCUGUUCUGCACUUCACUAUGGGUGGUAUCGAGAUCAACGACCGCGCCGAGGUCCUGAACUCUGAGCACAAGCCCUUCGAUGGCCUUUACGCUUGCGGUGAACUUGCUGGUGGUGUCCACGGUGCCAACCGCCUGGGUGGUUCUUCUCUCCUCGGCUGUGUCGUCUACGGUCGUGUCGCUGGUGACAGCGCUAGCGAGUAUCUUUUCAAGAAGCUUGUUGCUGGCGGUGGCUCUUCUGCCCAGCAGCGUCUUGGCCAGAUCUCUCUCCACAUUGAUCCCGCUACUCCUGGCAAGGUCUCUGUUGAAUGGAAUGGCGCUGGUGCUGCUAAAGCCUCUGGUACUAAUCCCGCCGUCUCCACGGCACCUCUCCCCGCUAAUGCUGAUGCCCCUGCUGAGACAUCGAAGCCUCCGACUAAAGCCCCCAAGAAGUUCACCAUCCCCGAGACCGAGUACUCGAUGGAGGAAGUGGCCAAGCACAACAAGAAGGAUGAUUUAUGGAUUGUCGUCAAGGGCAUUAUUCUCGACGUGACUAACUGGCUGGAUGAGCACCCCGGUGGUGCCAACGCCCUGUUCAACUUCAUGGGGCGUGAUGCCACGGAAGAAUUUGAGAUGCUCCACGACGACGAAGUCAUUCCUAAAUACGCUCCUCAUAUCGUCAUUGGUCGGGUGAAGGGUCAAACUCCCAGCCUUGAAUACUAAGCAUGAAUAGACGGGCAUAUUUAAAUUGACCAAAAUCGUGAAUGAUUACUUCGAUACAUACCCUUCUUAUGUUUGCUCUGCGACGCCUUGAUUAGUCAUGAUGUUACCUAGCUAUAUUUCUCUCUGUAAGAUACUAUGUAUAUCUUUCAUCUUUCAUA